AUGAAUGUGGACAAGAAAGACCGUUUGACGAAUACGAUCGUCGACGACGACGACGACGACGGUGAUUCAGUUAUCAUACACAUCGGUGAUCAUUGCAUUACGAAAGAAACCGAAUCCGAUUUAUCCAAAAUCGAUAAAUUCAUAAAGCAAACGCAUUCCGAUUACGUAACCGAGUGCGUAGUGCCGGACUUGGAUUUGAUACGAGAAGAAAAUGAACUCGUUCAAAAUAUCGUCUCCAGUAAAAAUAUUAACAAUCAUCCUGUUAUCGCCAUACGAGGAUUUAGUGGAUGUGUUAUUGUUUUAUACCUAUCAAAUCAUGUACAAAAUUGUCGUCUAGAUUUACGGCUAUGUACGGCUAGUAAUUAA